ACAUAAUCUUUAUGCACAUGCCGGCCAAUGGCCGUCUCUCAAUAUAAGCACCGGUUUAGGCAAAGCCACCUGCCAUCGUAGCAGCAGCAAUGGCCACAAAGGCGAAGGCCAGGAUCGGCUACAACGGGAACCAUCUGCUACUCCGGCCGAAAGGAGGCGGAGCGUGGGAUCUGGUGCACCUCCUCUUCUCCAAGAAUGUCAAUAAGAACAAUUUCAUGGUCUGCCCAGAGGGAACCAUGCUGGCAAUUGCUCAGCGUUGGAUUCUGAUCGUGUCCAUCCUCGCGCAGAAGUUUCUGAUGCUCGUCAAGAGCCCACUGUCGUCCGCCGGAGAAGCGCUUGAGUUUGCACUGAACCUUUUCUCAGAGAACGGUGGCCUCCUUGGCUUGAUUUGGAACCGUCUACGAGGGAACACUGUUAUCCCGGACAAGGAGUCUCCAAAUUUCAGAACGAUGCUUGGGCACAUGGAUAGCCGUACAGAUUUGGGAGAUCACUACUACAAGGGGAGCGGAGACAGCAUGUCGCAGGCAUCUCUUUCCAUCAUGGCUGCCAAGAUAGCAUAUGAGAACGCCGCUUUCAUUCGUAAUGUAGUCAGCGAGCAAUGGAAGAUGGAGUUUGUGGAGUUCCUCAACUGUUGGAAUGAGGACCAGCAACAGGCAUCAACGCAAGCAUUCAUUUUCCGAGACGGUAACCUAAUAUCAGUGGUAUUCAGAGGCACAGAGCCUUUCAAUGCCUACGACUGGUGCACAGACGUGAGCGUCUCUUGGUACGAGAUACCUCCCAUGGGCAAGGUGCACCAAGGCUUCCUCACAGCCCUUGGAGUGGAACCACACGGCGAUUCAUUUCGUCCUAUAACUUCCAGCCAAAAGGUCGGCUACCCGCUUGCCUAUUACGCCAUCAGGGACAGGCUGAAGCAAUUGUUGAGCGACAAUGGCGAUGCCAAGUUCAUUGUGACAGGACACAGCCUGGGUGGGGCGCUGGCCAUCCUCUUCCCGGCCGUGCUGGUAUUGUUCAAGGAGCAGGAAUUGGUGGACAAGCUAGCGGGAGUGUACACGUUCGGGCAGCCCCGGGUGGGGGACGAAAAGUUCGGAGACUACAUGCAGAAAGUGCUGCUGAAGCACGGCGCUCCUCCCAGAUACUAUAGAUUCGUGUACUGCAACGACAUGGUUCCCAGGGUACCGUAUGAUGAUAGAACCCUGCAGUUUAAACAUUUCGGGGCUUGCGUCUACUACAGCAGCACCUACCGUCCAAAGAUGAUGAAUGAAGAGCCAAACAAGAACUAUUUUUCACUGAUGUACGUAGUCCCCAAGCUCGUGAAUGCAAUUUGGGAGAUCCUUAGGGGCAUUUUCAUUGGACUGGUGGUGGGGAAGGAGUAUGAAGAAGGAUGGUUCCAACUCUUAUUUCGAUGCGUGGGACUGGUCAUCCCUGGCUUACCAGAUCAUGGCCCUAGAGACUAUAUCAACUCUACCCGACUGAGCGCAGCCAAGCUUGAUAAGUCCAAGCAAUCCUAAGUCUCCUUAUUACAUAUGCAAAGGGGCCAUUCUAAGUAUUAAUUAAUCAUAGAACUCAGACUUAUUGAUGUUAGAGCUUCACACGAUUGGGUUGCCUCUCAAAAAUAUAGCAGUUGCAUUGAGUUACAGUGAUAGGUGGACUUAGACUCAUGGAGUCCCUAAUGAUUCAUUAGUCCUCAUUAAAUAAUUUCAUGCUUAAUGUACAUGCCUACGGAAAGAUGUCCAAGAGUCAUGAGAUGCGUUUCACGGGUUUGUGAUCCAAAGUUUGUGCGUGAAUCAUGAAUAGCUAAUUACAGGAAUAACUGUGAUGCUGAAUAUUAUGUAUUUUGUAAUGAUUUUUUUUUCUUGGUGUGGUGU